CCUGACAGAAAGUACCGAACUAAAAUAUCCUUUUGCGGUUUCUCACUCUUUUCAAGCAAAAUAAAAUCAAUUGACCAGUGUCAUAUUCAAAGAAAAACGUAAAAUUAUUACUCAACAAGUUUCUAUUUGGUUGCAGGAGCGUGCGGAUUUAAUUCCUUAAUAAAAAUAAAUAAAUAAUUAAAAUAAAAAGAAGGAAGCUUGACAAAAAAAGUGUACUUUGCAAGAAAAAAGUACAGAAAAAAUCUCGCAUGAUUUAGUGUAAUUAUUUCUAAUAAUAAUUUAUCACAUCACAAAAAAAUACUGCAAAAAAGUGACAAAAAGAAGCAAAAAAAAGAAAUUAUUAACUGAAAGUGAUUAUAUUUAUAGAAGCUCAUUAAAUAAAGAACUCUCUUUCUAAAAAGUGAUAGUGAUUUGUAUAAAUUUUUUUAUACAAAAAAAAUAGACUUGGAUUAAAUUAACUUUAGAACGACGACGUAACAAGGAUUCUUAGUUAGGAAGAAUCCACAAAGCCCCCGUACUUUUAUCAAGUGACCUUAUUCAGUGAAUAAGGUUUCAAUCAUUCCUUCGCGCAAACGGAGACAAAACAAACAAAGACGACGCACUCAAGGAAACAACAGCAACAUGCCUGCUCGCUUCGAAGACGUAACAUCUGACAACAGACAACAUCCCAUGUUCGGCAUGGACCCGACGAAUGCUGGACGGUACAUGCCACGGGCUCCGCAGGAUGACAUUUGCAUUACGGGCUUCUCUGGCCGCCUCCCCGAGAGCUCUAACAUCGAAGAAUUCAAACGAAACCUCUUCGAUGGCGUUGAUAUGGUGAAUGACGAGCCCCGUCGCUGGCCCGCUGGUUUGCACGAUCUGCCAACGCGCAUUGGCAAGAUCAAGGACGAAGAUCUCGAGAACUUGGAUGCCCAAUUUUUCGGCAUCCAUCAAAAACAAGCCGAAUGCAUGGACCCUCAACUUCGUAUGUUGCUUGAAUGCACACACGAAGCCAUCAUUGAUGCUGGCAUCAAUCCUCAGGAAAUCCGUGGGUCCCGCACGGGCGUUUACAUCGGCGUUUCUAACUCGGAAACGGAGCAAUAUUGGUGCGGCGAUCCAGAUUUGGUCAACGGUUAUGGUCUCACGGGAUGCGCUCGUGCCAUGUUCGCAAAUCGCUUGUCAUUCACAUUUGACUUAAAGGGUCCCAGUUAUGCCGUUGAUACCGCUUGUUCGAGUUCGUUGUUUGCCAUGGCGCAAGCUUUUGAAGAUAUGCGUUUGGGACGUUGUGAUGCUGCGAUUGUUGCUGGAGCUGGUUUGAUUUUGAAACCAACAAUGUCUUUGCAAUUCAAACGUUUGGGCAUGUUGAGUCCUGAUGGCGCCUGCAAAGCUUUCGACGAAAGUGGCAAUGGAUAUGUGCGAUCUGAAGGUUGUGUUGUCAUUUUUAUGCAACGUGCUGUCAAUGCGCGUCGUAUUUACUCGAGCGUGUUAAAUGUCAGAACAAAUACGGAUGGCGCCAAGGAGCAAGGCAUCACAUAUCCCAGUGGCGACAUGCAAAAUCGUCUCAUUCGCGAAACAUAUCAAGAUAUCGGUUUGAACCCGAGUGAAGUCACAUACGUUGAAGCUCACGGAACAGGCACGAAGGUUGGAGAUCCACAAGAAGUCAACUCAAUUUGUGACUUUUUCUGCAAGGAUCGCAAACAACCCUUGCUCAUUGGGUCUGUCAAGUCAAACAUGGGUCACAGUGAACCCGCAUCAGGGGUUUGUUCACUCGCGAAACUCUUGAUUGCCAUGAACGAAGGUGUCAUUCCCGCCAAUUUGCAUUUCAAGAAACCCAACCCUGAUUUGCAUGGGUUACUCGAUGGUCGCAUGAAGGUCGUCGAUAAAAACCUCAAAUGGGAAGGCGGCAUUAUCGGCGUCAACUCAUUUGGCUUCGGCGGAGCUAAUGCUCAUGUCAUCCUCAAAUCGCAUCGUAAACCGAAAGUCGUUACGCCUAAAGAUGAUUUCCCCAAACUCGUGGUUUGUUCGGGACGUACCGAAGAAGCGAUCGAAACCAUUUUGGAUGAAGCUGCGAAACAUCAAGAUGAUGAAGAAUUCCUCGGUUUGGUGAACGAAAUUCACUCGAAAGCCAUUUCAGCGCAUUAUUAUCGAGGUUAUGCCUUGCUAAAAGGUGAUACAGUGACACGCGAAGUCUUGGAUUGCAAAGAUGAGAAACGCCCAUUAUGGUACAUUUACUCCGGAAUGGGAUCCCAAUGGGCAAGCAUGGCAAAAGACUUAAUGCAAGUCGAAGUUUUUCGCAAUAGCAUUCAUCGGUGUGCUGAAGCUUUGAAACCAGAAGGCUUGGAUCUCGUUGAUAUCCUUACAAAAAGUGACGAAUCGCGUUUUGAUAACAUCUUGUACUCUUUCGUGUCAAUUGCAGCUGUUCAAGUUGCACUUACGGAUGUUUUGACACACGUUGGAAUGACGCCUGAUGGCAUGGUUGGUCACAGUGUUGGAGAAUUGGGUUGUGCUUAUGCUGAUGGAUGUUUUACGCCUGAACAAACAGUUUUAGCUGCUUAUUGGAGAGGACGAAGCAUUCUGGAUACAAAUUUGUCGGAAGGUGCUAUGGCUGCUGUUGGGCUUUCAUGGGAAGAAUGUCACAAACGCUUGCCCAAAGAUGUUAUUCCAGCUUGUCAUAACAGUGAAGACAGUGUUACGAUUUCUGGACCCCCAAAAUCCGUUCAAAAAGUCGUCGAAGAAUUCACCGCCGAAGGAAUCUUCGCCAAAGGAGUCAAAUCCUCCGGCAUGGCUUUCCACAGCAAAUACAUCGCUGACGCUGCGCCUCGUCUCCGCAAGUCUCUCGACAAAAUCAUCCCGAACCCCAAAAACCGCACACCACGCUGGAUCAGUUCGAGCAUCCCUGAAUCAUCUUGGAACACGCCUCUCGCUACACAAAGCUCCGCCGCUUAUCACGUCAACAAUCUAUUGUCGCCCGUAUUAUUCCACUCUGCGCUGCAACACAUUCCCAAAAAUGCAAUUUGCAUCGAAAUCGCUCCUCACGGACUUUUGCAAGCAAUUUUGAAGCGUUCUUUGGGCAAGGAAGCCACAAACUUGAGUUUGAUGAAACGCGGCAGUGAUGACAACGUCACCUUUUUGCUUUCCAACCUCGGAAAAUUGUACGCAGCUGGAGCUCAACCUCUCGUUUCGAAGUUAUACCGACAAAUUUCGUAUCCCGUUGGCAAUGGAACGCCCAUGUUGAAUUCCCUGAUCAAAUGGGAUCACUCGCAAAAAUGGUUCCUCGCCAAAUUCGGAUCUGAUACGCAAUCCGGCGAAGCAGUUGUUGACGUAAACUUGGCUAAAGAUGAAGAUGCCUUCAUUGCGGGUCACACAAUUGAUGGUCGUGUUCUUUUCCCGGCAACGGGAUACAUGACACUCGUUUGGCGCAUGUUUGCCAAGAUGCACAACCAAAAUUUGGACAAAGCUGCUGUCGUGAUGGAGAACGUUGUCUUCCAUCGUGCCACAAUUAUGCCGAAAGAGGGUUCUGUGAAGUUUGGAAUUACAUUCUUUAAUGGCACGGGACAAUUUGAGAUUUGCGAAAGUGGAACGUUGGCUGUUUCCGGCAAAAUUUACGUGCCCGAAGACAUCGAACGAGAAGAACUUCCCUUGGAACCUUUGGAAUUGGAGGAUAAAGUCAACAUUGAACUCGAUUCUUCUGACAUUUACAAAGAACUUCGUUUACGUGGAUAUGACUAUCAAGGUCUCUUCCGUGGCGUAACGAAAGCCGAUUCAUGUGGCAACUUGGGCGAACUCAAAUGGGAAGGAAAUUGGAUCAGUUUCAUGGAUACAAUGUUGCAAUUCAGUAUUCUCGGCAAGGAUUUACGUGAAUUGUACCUUCCAACGCGUAUCGGUCGUGUCACGAUCAACCCGGAGAAACACAUGAACUGGAUAAAUCAAUGUCAGUCAACCGAAAAUUGCGUCAUUCCGGUCUACAUGUACAAAGAUAUCAAUGUUAUCAAAGCUGGCGGUGUUGAAAUGCGUCAUAUGAAGUGCGCUUUGGCUCCUCGUCGAUCGGGAACACAAACAUCCCCCAAAUUGGAGCGAUAUUUAUUCGUUCCAAAUGAAAAUCAAAAGGGAUUGUGCGAAAAUAAUGAUCGCGCGAAGCAACAUGCCGUAUCAGUAGCUGUCCAUCUUGCUUUGGAGAACAGUUCAGGUGCUUUGAAAUUCAAAACUGUCGAAGUUGCGUACGAUAAAUCCGCGGAAAAUACUUUGGCAUUGCAAGUUCAAGACCUUAUCGAAAGCGAACCGACAUUAUCGAGCGAAGUUGUUGUCGUUCAACGACAAGAAAGUGAUUCAUUUACACAAAUUUUCGCCGAAAGUGGUGUCAAGUUGGUUGUUAAGGACGACAAUGUGGAUCAAUUUGAGACUGGAUGUCAUCUCGCUAUCGGUCAUGAUGUUCUUUCAAGCGCUAAUGGAUCCCAAUUAUUAAAAGCACUUGUAGCUUCGAUCAAAGAAACAUGCUUCGUCUUGUUGGAAGAAUCAGCAACAGCUUAUCAAAAUGCCUCAAAGCGCGAUUCAUUGUUCAAAGAAAACAAUUUACAAGUUGUCAUGUCUCAAACGUGCGAUCAAAAAGUUUUCGUACUUUUGCGCCCUCGCCAAGAUUUGUCCGAACGAAAAACGCAAAAACUUGUCAUUACUGAGAAGAAUUUCUCAUGGGUUGAUGACCUUAAGAAGGCAUUGGCAACUGCUGAAGAAACCCAAACUUACACUUACAUCGUCGUGCAAGGCGAAGAAACUUUCGGAGCUGUUGGUCUCAUGAAUUGCAUCAAAAAUGAAGCUGGCGGCAAAUUUGCACGUCUCUAUUUUGUGCAAGAUAAGGUCUCGGAAGCCUUUGAUUUCAAUGGAAAAUUGUACAAAUCGCAAGUUGAGAAGGAUCUUAUCUCAAAUGUUUACAAAAAUGGAGCUUGGGGAACUUUCCGUCACUUGAGAUUGAAGAACCAAAAAGCUAUUCCAACACUUCCUGUCGAACAUGCUUACGUUAAUGCCUUGACAAAGGGAGAUUUGGCAAGUUUGAGAUGGAUUGAAGGACCAUUGUCGAUGGAUUUAAAUAACGUUGAUCAAGAGAAGGAAGACUUGUGCACAGUCUACUAUGCGCCAAUCAACUUCCGUGAUGUCAUGUUGAGCUCAGGAAAAUUAUCAGUUGAUGCCUUGCCAGGAGAUUUGCCAUACCAAGAUUGUGUAUUAGGAUUGGAAUUCUCUGGUCGCGAUUCCAAAGGACGUCGCAUCAUGGCAAUGGUUCAAGCAAAAUCCUUGGCAACUACUUGUGUCGCUCCCCGCAGCAUGAUUUGGGAAAUUCCCGACAACUGGACAAUGGAACAAGCCUCCACUGUUCCCUGCGUUUACUCAACCGUCUAUUACGCCCUCGUCGUUCGCGGCAAAAUGCAAAAAGGCGAAUCUAUCCUCAUCCACGCUGGCAGCGGAGGCGUUGGUCAAGCCGCUAUCUCCGUUGCCCUCAGCCACGGACUUACUGUCUUCACAACUGUCGGCAGCAAGGAGAAACGCGAAUUCCUCAAACGCACUUUCCCCCAAUUGCAGGACAAAAACAUCGGAAAUUCCCGCGAUUGCAGCUUUGAGCAGAUGAUUAUGCGCGAAACACGAGGUCGUGGCGUUAAUUUAGUCCUAAACUCGUUGGCGGAAGAAAAAUUACAAGCUUCCGUGAGAUGUUUGGGCUUGAAUGGUCGCUUCUUGGAAAUUGGUAAACUUGAUUUGAACAAUGAUUCGCCGCUUGGCAUGUCGGUGUUCUUGAAAAAUACUUCGUUCCAUGGAAUUUUGCUCGACAGCGUCAUGGAAGGUGACGACGAGACAAUUGCGCAAGUUGUGGGACUCGUUCGUGAUGGCAUCAAGACAGGAGCUGUUCGCCCAUUGCCUACUACCGUAUUCAAUGAUCAACAAAUCGAACAAGCAUUUAGAUUCAUGGCAUCCGGAAAGCAUAUUGGCAAAGUUGUGAUCAAGGUACGCGACGAAGAAACGCAGAAAACGACAAAACCCACGCCAAAACUCGUCACUUCCAUUCCACGAACGUAUUUGCACAGCGAUAAAUCGUACAUUUUGGUUGGAGGUCUCGGCGGUUUUGGACUUGAACUUGCCAACUGGAUGGUUGUUCGCGGGGCUCGCAAUGUUAUUUUGACUUCUCGAAGCGGCGUGAAGACCGGAUAUCAAUCUUUGAUGAUCAGACGUUGGCGCGACAGAGGCGUCACUGUGCAAAUUGACACUAAUGACGUUACGACACUCGAUGGGGCUCGUUCAUUGUUGAAGGCAGCGAAUAAAUUGGCGACAGUCGGGGGAAUUAUCAACUUGGCUGCCGUUUUGCGUGACGGGUUAUUGGAUGAUCAAACAGAAGCUGACUUCAAAACAGUUUGUCGCCCCAAAGUCGAUGGCACAAAGAACUUGGAUCUUGCUUCGCGUGAACUCUGUCCAGAUUUAGACUACUUUAUCUGUUUCUCCUCGGUGUCUUGCGGGCGCGGAAAUAUCGGACAAACGAAUUACGGUUUAGCUAACUCAGCAAUGGAACGAAUUUGCGAAAAUCGUCAAGCUUCAGGGUUGCCAGCGACGGCAAUUCAAUGGGGUGCCAUCGGAGAUGUCGGUUUAGUUUUGGAGAAUUUGGGCGGAAAUGACACCGUCGUUGGCGGAACGUUGCCUCAACGGAUGUUCAGUUGCUUGGAAACAAUUGACAUGUUCAUGCAACAACCGCAUGCCGUACUUGCCUCCAUGGUUGUCGCCGAAAAACGCAAAGCUGAUGCCUCGUCGAGUGUCUCGCUCGUGAGUUGCAUCGCGAAUAUCCUCGGAUUGAAAGAUACGAAAAACAUUGGGGAUGGCGCUUCGUUGGCAGAUCUCGGUAUGGAUUCGCUUAUGGGAGCUGAAAUUAAACAGACGCUCGAGAGAAGUUACGAUUUGGUGAUGAGUGCACAGGAAAUCCGUCAAUUGACUUUCGGAAAGUUGAAGGCACUUGAAUCGGGAGCAGCAGGAGCGAGUGAUGACAGUGCUCCAACGACAAAUGGACGUUCGUCGCCAGAUGCAAGUCCCAUUGGGGAUGGAACGCAAGUGCAAUUCAAUGCGGAACUCAUGCCAAGUCAAACGCUCGUACGAUUGCCAUCCAAAGUGCCGGAUUCUGAAACGAAAAAUGCGAUGUUUGUGGUUCAUGCCAUUGAAGGUGUCACAACAGCUUUACUUCCUCUUGCCGCCCAACUUUCGGUCCCAGUUUAUGGCUUGCAAUGCACAAAUGACGUUCCAACUGACACUAUCCCAGUAAUUGCCGCUCAUUACAUCAAACAAAUUAAGAAAAUCCAAUCGAAAGGACCUUACACCGUUGCUGGAUAUUCCUUUGGCGGCUCAAUUGCCUUCGAAAUGGUCUCACAACUCGAGAACGAGGGAGAAAGUUGCAAAUUGGUGAUGUUAGAUGGUGCUCCAAGAUACGUCAGUUGGUACACGGAAGUCCACAAGCAAAAACAAUCCUCAAAAUCUGACGAAGAAUCUUACGCUUUGGCCUACUUUGGACUUGUUUGCGGAAAAUUAGACUAUUCAAAGGUUGCAAAAGAACUUCUUGCUCUUCCAAACUUUGAAAGCAGACUGAAACGAUGUGCUGAACUGGUGCAAACCGCGUUACAACAAAAGUACUCAAUUGAACUCAUCAUGCAAACCGCCACAAGCUUCUACAAGAAACUUCUCGCUGCACACAACUACAAUCCUGAAACAAAGAUUAAUGCAAAGACGUUGCUUUUCAAACCGACAGAAAAUUACGCGAAAUUGAGUGAAGAUUACGGAUUAUCUCAGGUUUGCAACAAAAAAGUCGAGAUCCAAACCAUCAAAGGUGAUCACAGAUCGAUCCUCACUGGCGACAGUGUCCAACAAAUUGCACAAAUUAUUCAAAGCUUGAAGUAAAAAAACCACCUUCUACUUUAAAAACUUUUUCACACAAACACACUUACAACUCUUGUCAAAGCACCAGUGAUUUACUUCCCCCGAAAAAAUGGAAAAUUAGGAUAAAUUUAAGAACACUAACUUUAAAUGUUUUAUAUAAAAAUCACAAAUAAAGACAAAUUUUUACCAUUUUUGGGUUAUUUCUGAGAAAAAGUCAUCUAAAAAUUAUUUAAAUGGCUUUUUUCUGAGCAGUCUCUCUUUUUACGCUAUUUAAUUGAAAUAAAAUGUACAUCACAUUCCAAUCUAAAUAUUUAAAGCGAAUGACAAAAAUUAAAAUUUAAACAAAAAAAAAUGCAAAAAAUAGAAAAUAUUUUAGCUUUAUAACAAAAAGUAGAAGUAGAAAUAAAAAAAAAAUAUUUAUUAAAAAAUAAAAAAAAAUCAAAUUAAGGGAAAAUUUUUUGUGUCUAUGAAAAUUAAUGUAAAUAUUGAAACUAA